AUGAUUAAGGCAUUGAGAGAAUUGAAUUCUGAUCUUGUUCACCAGAUUGCUGAACUUAGAAAGAAGUGUGUCAAUGUUAAAGCUGAGAAUAUCGAGAGAUAUUUCAAUGAGAGCCAGCUAAAGGCCGAGAACCAACCUAAUGAGAAGGAAGCUAUUACUUCCAAUCCUAUGCCCGAAAUAGAACAUAGUUCAACCCAAUCUGAAUCUUUAGCAAAUCCUAAAACAUCUGAAACCUUUCUAUUACAAGACAUUAUCGAUAAAGAUUUAGCUGAGACUCUUGAUUUUGCAGAAAGGGUAGUUAAGGAAAGGGAACCAUCUAAUGUUAUAUCAGGUGGUUUAUCUAUCAAUCAAGACCAAACUAGAGAAAACACGUAUAUUUCGAUUCAGGAUCCUCCUUCUAUUGUUCAGGCACAAAAAACAGAAUUCCAUUCUUCUGAAGUAAAAAUAUCAUAUAAUCAGAAAAUAGAGCAAGAUAUAAUUCAAGAAGUAAUACUGUUUAUUCAAAAAGAAAAAUUGCUUACCUCAUCAACUAAUAUUUCUGAAACUCAAGAUAGCAAUAUAGAAGUAGUUCGAUUAUUUUCCAAUGCUGAAAUUGCAGAAGGUAAAACAAUAAAGACUAAGCAAAAAGAAACUAUAUGUUGGUGUACUUAUAGAAAAUCAUAUCAAAACACUGUUGCUAAAAUUCGAACUAAAACUGGUGUUGCUGAAAAAACUGCAAGGAGUCAAGUUUAUGCAAUAAUUAAAACUUCCUUACCUAAAGUUUCAGAAUCAAAUCUACGCAAGAAAACCCAAAGAGCUGGAAAUGCUUAUAAGUUAUUUAUAAAGAUUGUCGAUCCAGUAACCAAGAAAGAAGUUAAAGGUAUAGGGAUUAAUAAAGUUUAUGGAAUUUUAUAUGGAACAAAAAGUAUAUCAGAAUUAACCGAUACCUAA